AUGAAUUCAAAAUUGACCGCUAAAAGCGUAUCCUACGACGAGAGAUCCGAUAAUAGUAGAGUGAACGUUCUAGUUUCUAAUUCCGAGCGCCCGGGUAGGCGGAGACAAGCGCCGCGGCAAAGAUGCAGGAGCGCUGGUGCUCGCGGUGGCGGCGCCGGCGCUGGUAGUACAGGGGACAGCGACCCCGCGCCCGAGGGGCUCUCCCGGUCGAGCGCGGAGGGCGGGCGCUACACGUGCGUGCACGCGCCCGCCGUUACGGGUCACCCACCGGCUAGUAUAUCCUCUGGGUCCGGCGACCAGCAGUUGUCUGAUAGCCAGCACCCCACCACCACAGUUACGAAACCGAUCAGCAGGGCCAGCACUAUGUACACCUCCGCGUUUCCUGGCAUACCAUUUUAUAAAUACAGUCAAUAUCUGGAAUAG